AAGUGAGAACCUCUGUUUUCUUGAUUUUAAAAAAAGUCAUUGCUAUUUUGUUUUUAACUAUCCUAUUUUGCAGUUCUAUCACUUAUUCAAGUAAAAGUUGGAACAGAACAUGUAAUAAUAACAGCAAACAUUUAAACAAUACUGAUUUUAUGCCAGACAAUAUUUAAGGGUUUCAUAAUGCCCCUUAAUUCAUACCCUCUUCCUCAUAACCCUGUUAGGUAGAUGCUGUUAUUGUCCCCAUUAUACAGAUGAGGAAACAAGCAAUAAGUUUCAGUAACCUACCCAAGGCCACACAGAUAGUAUAGCCCAAUCCAGGUUCGAGUCACAGAGCUGCUGUACACAAUUGUGAUUGCUCACAUUUUAGAUAUUAAUGUCUUACAGAAAAUGAGAUUCUAGAAAUUGAACUCUGGAAAGAAAAAUGGGCAUUCAGUAUUUUGGUCUCAUUCAACCGUGACAUAAACCUAUGGCCAAUGGAAGGUAGUAGUAGAUGCCAUGCUCUUUCGGGUCCUCACUUCCAAAUAAUAAAAAAUAAAUAAAAAAUAAAUAAAUAAAUAAAUAAAUGGAACAAUGAUUGUGCCAAAAAGGGUGGUGGCCACAUGUGUGCCCAAGGACAGGGCUAUUAAGAAGUUCUUUAUUCAAAACACAGUAGAGGCUGCAGCAAGUGUCUUCAAUGCGUAUGUGCUUCCCGAGCUGUAUGUGAAGCUACAUUAUUGUGUGAGUUGUGCCAUUCACAGCAGGAAGCCUGCAAGAACUGAACAUCUCCACUUCUAUUUAGACCUGCAGAUGCUGGCACCAAAGCUCAUGUAAGGAGCUGAGUCUUUAAGGACUGAAGCAAAACUAUCCUCUGGAGAAAAGUAAAAUGGAAAUUGUACUUAAAAAAAAUUAGUAGAUGCCAUUAAUCAAAAGGUGAAAAUUUUCCUGGUUGUGUCAAUUUACAGUUAACAUGUCACCCCAGGCUGUUGCUGUCAGUUUAUUCUGUAACUUGCUACUGGAUAAUUCAUUAUAGGUCUUGCCUGAGCAUGUCUGAUAAUUAAAACUUUAUAUUUGAAUUAUCUGGAUGCUACAGAAAUAGAACUACUUUACUGAAGUGGUAUCCAAUAAUUUACUAUAUACAGCUAUUGGUUUUUUAUUCCUAAGAUACAAUAUAUUGGCUAUUUGCUGCUCUGUUACUUAAUGACAUUAGAUGACUCAUAAAGGUGUAAGUGGUUGACAUUUUUGCUAUUAAGAAUUUAGAUAUUCAAAUUAUGCUUUAUAAAUGAGGAUUAGAUUUUUAGCAUGUUAUUGCCUAGGAGAUAACAGGUAACUAAAACUUUAUAAUUAAGGAUAUCCCAUUGCUGUUGAUCUUUUCUAAAAAAUGCAUGUUUUACAAUAUUUAUGUGAAACUAAUUUUUAUUUGAUGUGCAGUAACAACAAAUCAAUGCAAAAUUAUACAUUAAUGAAUGUAACAGUAUGAAGUUGUAAGACAUACCACAGCUUUCCUCUAGGUGGCAUGAUUUCAGCUAUCAUUGAGUCAACUGAUAAAAAUCCUUUUUUUCUACAACCACAGGAGUAUGUAGUUUCUGAACAAUCAGUGUAAGUGUGACAUUGAUUAGAUUUAAUUGUUACAACUGGUUAAAUAACCAGAUUGACCUUAUAAUAGUGUAUUGUUUAAUGAUCUUAAGUAACUUAAAAUUAUAAGACAAAGUCCUCUUAAAGAAACAAAUACAAAAACUUGUUACCUCCAAUAACCCAGCAGCCAAAAUUAUUUGUCUCUUCAGGUCACAAUGACACACCCAUUUCUGGAUUUAUUUCUUUGGCAUAUAUUUAUUUCUUAUGGUAGAUAGCUUGCUAUUUGCUUGGAACAGUAAAGAUACUGCCUUUUUACUUAAAAGGACUCAUAUAGAUAUAACAAAUCUAAAGAGAAACCACAAAUGGUAGGAUUCUUGAUCACAAAAAUUUUCAUGUUAACAGGAAACAGCCCCUUCAAUUAUGUGAAGGUAACUUUCCUGGUGUCCCUGGUUUUAUGAAGCGGUUACUGUGUGCUAAACAAGAAGGAUCAACAUGUGAAAAGUAAUUAUGUGACCUGCAAGCAUCAAACAACAAACAGAAACACUGGUCUUUUUUUCUGUACUGGCACUAAAAUGGGAAGGGGGCCAAACUCGUUUUUACCUUUGGGAUUCUUUUUCUGUUGUUGAUUUUCAAAAAUUUAAAAAUGAAUUUCUCUGGCUAUACACAGAAUGCAUAAAAUGCUUGUUAAUCCCAUUAUUGUUGUAUUUAUCUUCUCUUUCCUUUCUUUGUGGGAGACUGCUUUCAUGGAGCUCAAAAGAACUUGACCAAGCACCUCUCGGGGGUUCAUUUUUAUGGCAGUGCAGGUUUAUAUUAAUGCUAAAAUUGUGCAAGUAGCAUUUUCAAAAUGUAUCUCCAAUGGUGAUUUUUAGAAUAUGCUGCAUAGGCAAAGGAAAAAAAGGUCUUGGAAGUAUGCAAAAUAUAGUAUCACCAUUGUCACCGAAAAAAGGUGAGAGACUAACAGAUGUAGUCUUACAGAUUUAAAGUGGCUUCAUUUUAAAUAAGGUAAUUAUCUGGGACAGUCCUGAUUUACCCCUGUUGUCUUAGUGUAUCAAUGAGUGGCAUCCUCUUUACUGCAAAAAUGUUUGGAUUUGUGUGACAAAUGAUGUAGCUACCCUAGUUAUGAGAACUUUAUUUUCUACUAAGAUUUAAAAUAAUCAUCAGUGAGAGUUUGUGGUCUGUAGUCUCCAGUUUUAUAAAUUAUAACCAUCUAUAUAGCUGUGCUCUUAAAAAUACUUACAUACUUAGGCUUUUAAAAAUACUUAUUUACUGAUUUUUCCCUCUAUCAUAAACUACACUGAGGUUUUCUUUUUUUAUGCAAUUACUAUUGACCCUUGGUUUUUAUUCAUUUAUUUUUUAAUUGCAGGCUAAUCGAGGCAGCAGAAUGGCAAAGUUGUUUGAAAUGUAGGUUGGUAAUUUUGGCAGUGGAAAUUUAGACAUUUGGAAUUUUACCCAAUCUAUGAAGCCCACUGAGAUGAUGACAGACACAUAAAUUCAUUUAAAGACCAUGUAUCUUUAAAAAGAAAAAAAAUUUGUUAUACUCAUUUUAAUUAUGAGAACACAGUCAUAUUUUUCUCUAUCACUCACCUUCUCUUUUUCUUUCUCAUCUUUUGUUUUUAUUUUUAGUUGGCCAAAACACUCUCUCCAUUUCUCCCCAGCAACCUCAUUCUGGUUUCUUGCUUUGUGAAGUCUAUCUGUGAACUUCUGUGGUGACAGAGUAAAUGAAGUAGGAGUAGAGAUUCUGUAAAGGGGGUGAACGCAACCGCGACGGCUGAUCGUCUGUGGCUGGGUUGGCGUUUGGAGCAAGAGAAGGAGGAGCAGGAGAAGGAGGGAGCUGGAGGCUGGAAGCGUUUGCAAGCGGCGGCGGCAGCAACGUGGAGUAACCAAGCGGGUCAGCGCGCGCCCGCCAGGGUGUAGGCCACGGCGCGCAGCUCCCAGAGCAGGAUCCGCGCCGCCUCAGCAGCCUCUGCGGCCCCUGAGGCACCCGACCGAGUCCCGAGCGCCCUGCGAAGCGCACCCUCCUCCCCGCGGCGCGCCGGGCUCGCCCCCAGCGCGCGCACACGCUCACACACACACACACACACACACACGCACGCACACACGUGUGCGCUUCUCUGCUCCGGAGCUGCUGCUGCUCCUGCUCUCAGCGCCGCAGUGGAACGCAGGACCGAACCGCUCCUUCUUUAAAUAUAUAAAUUUCAGCCCAGGUCAGCCUCGGCGGCCCCCCUCACCGCUCUCCCGGCGCCCCUCCUGUCAGUUCGCCAGCUGCCAGCCCCGGGACCUUUUCAUCUCUUCCCUUUUGGCCGGAGGAGCCGAGUUCAGAUCCGCCACUCCGCACCCGAGACUGACACACUGAACUCCAUUUCCUCCUCUUAAAUUUAUUUCUGCUUAAUAGCCACUCGUCUCUUUUUUUCCCCAUCUCAUUGCUCCAAGAAUUUUUUUUUUCUUACUCUCCAAAGUCAGGGUUCCCUCUGCCCGUCCCGUAUUAAUAUUUCCACUUUUGGAACUACUUGCCUUUUCUUUUUAAAGGAAUUCAAGCAGGAUACGUUUUUCUGUUGGGCAUUGACUAGAUUGUUUGCAAAAGUUUCGCGUCAAAAACAAACAAACAAACAAAAAACCAAACAACUCUCCUUGAUCUAUACUUUGAGAAUUGUUGAUUUCUUUUUUUUAUUCUGACUUUUAAAAACAACUUUUUUUCCCCACUUUUUUAAAAAAUGCACUACUGUGUGCUGAGCGCUUUUCUGAUCCUGCAUCUGGUCACGGUCGCGCUCAGCCUGUCUACCUGCAGCACACUCGAUAUGGACCAGUUCAUGCGCAAGAGGAUCGAGGCGAUCCGCGGGCAGAUCCUGAGCAAGCUGAAGCUCACCAGUCCCCCAGAAGACUAUCCUGAGCCCGAGGAAGUCCCCCCGGAGGUGAUUUCCAUCUACAACAGCACCAGGGACUUGCUCCAGGAGAAGGCGAGCCGGAGGGCGGCCGCCUGCGAGCGCGAGAGAAGCGACGAAGAGUACUACGCCAAGGAGGUUUACAAAAUAGACAUGCCGCCCUUCUUCCCCUCCGAAACUGUCUGCCCAGUUGUUACAACACCCUCUGGCUCAGUGGGCAGCUUGUGCUCCAGACAGUCCCAGGUGCUCUGUGGGUACCUUGAUGCCAUCCCGCCCACUUUCUACAGACCCUACUUCAGAAUUGUUCGAUUUGACGUCUCAGCAAUGGAGAAGAAUGCUUCCAAUUUGGUGAAAGCAGAGUUCAGAGUCUUUCGUUUGCAGAACCCAAAAGCCAGAGUGCCUGAACAACGGAUUGAGCUGUAUCAGAUUCUCAAGUCCAAAGAUUUAACAUCUCCAACCCAGCGCUACAUCGACAGCAAAGUUGUGAAAACAAGAGCAGAAGGCGAAUGGCUCUCCUUCGAUGUAACUGAUGCUGUUCAUGAAUGGCUUCACCAUAAAGACAGGAACCUGGGAUUUAAAAUAAGCUUACACUGUCCCUGCUGCACUUUUGUACCAUCUAAUAAUUACAUCAUCCCAAAUAAAAGCGAAGAACUAGAAGCAAGAUUUGCAGGUAUUGAUGGCACCUCCACAUAUACCAGUGGUGAUCAGAAAACUAUAAAGUCCACUAGGAAAAAAAACAGUGGGAAGACCCCACAUCUCCUGCUAAUGUUAUUGCCCUCCUACAGACUUGAGUCACAACAGACCAACCGGCGGAAGAAGCGUGCUUUGGAUGCAGCCUAUUGCUUUAGAAAUGUGCAGGAUAAUUGCUGCCUACGUCCACUUUACAUUGAUUUCAAGAGGGAUCUAGGGUGGAAAUGGAUACACGAACCCAAAGGGUACAAUGCCAACUUCUGUGCUGGAGCGUGCCCGUAUUUAUGGAGUUCAGACACUCAGCACAGCAGGGUCCUGAGCUUAUAUAAUACCAUAAAUCCAGAAGCAUCUGCUUCUCCUUGCUGCGUGUCCCAAGAUUUAGAACCUCUAACCAUUCUCUACUACAUUGGCAAAACACCCAAGAUUGAACAGCUUUCUAAUAUGAUUGUAAAGUCUUGCAAAUGCAGCUAAAAUUCUUGGAAAAGUGGCAAGACCAAAAUUACAAUGAUGAUGAUAAUGAUGAUGACGACGACAAUGAUGAUGCUUGUAACAAGAAAACAUAAGAGAGCCUUGGUUCAUCAGUGUUAAAAAAAAAAAUUUGAAAAGGCGGUACUAGUUCAGACACUUUGGAAGUUUGUGUUCUGUUUGUUAAAACUGGCAUCUGACACAAAAAAGUUGAAGGCCUUAUUCUACAUUUCACCUACUUUGUAAGUGAGAGAGACAAGAAGCAAAUUUCUUUAAAGAAAAAAAUAAACACUGGAAGAAUUUAUUAGUGUUAAUUAUGUGAACAACAACAACAACGAAAAAAAAAACAGGAAAAUCCCAUUAAGUGGAGUUGCUGUACGUACCGUUCCUAUCCCGCGCCUCACUUGAUUUUUCUGUAUUGCUAUGCAAUAGGCACCCUUCCCAUUCUUACUCUUAGAGUUAACAGUGAGUUAUUUAUUGUGUGUUACUAUAUAAUGAACGUUUCAUUGCCCUUGGAAAAUAAAACAGGUGUAUAAAGUGGAGACCAAAUACUUUGCCAGAAACUCAUGGAUGGCUUAAGGAACUUGAACUCAAACGAGCCAGAAAAAAAGAGGUCAUAUUAAUGGGAUGAAAACCCAAGUGAGUUAUUAUAUGACCGAGAAAGUCUGCAUUAAGAUAAAGACCCUGAAAACACAUGUUAUGUACCAGCUGCCUAAGGAAGCUUCUUGUAAGGUCCAAAAACUAAAAAGCCUGUUAAUAAAAGAAACUUUCAGUCAGAAUAAGUCUGUAAGACUUUUUUUUUCUUUUUAAUUGUAAAUGGUUCUUUGUCAGUUUAGUAAACCAGUGAAAUGUUGAAAUGUUUUGACAUGUACUGGUCAAACUUCAGACCUUAAAAUAUUGCUGUAUAGCUAUGCUAUAGGUUUUUUCCUUUGUUUUGGUAUAUGUAACCAUACCUAUAUUAUUAAAAUAGAUGGAUAUAGAAGCCAGCAUAAUUGAAAACACAUCUGCAGAUCUCUUUUGCAAACUAUUAAAUCAAAACAUUAACUACUUUAUGUGUAAUGUGUAAAUUUUUACCAUAUUUUUUAUGUUCUGUAAUAAUGUCAACUACGAUUUAGAUUGACUUAAAUUUGGGCUCUUUUUAAUGAUCACUCACAAAUGUAUGUUUCUUUUAGCUGGCCAGUACUUUUGAGUAAAGCCCCUAUAUUUUGACUUGCACUACAAAUGCAUUUUUUUUUAUAACAUUUGCCCUACUUGUGCUUUGUGUUUCAUUCAUUAUUAUGACAUAAGCUACCUGGGUCCACUUGUCCUUUUUUUUUCUUUUACAGAAAAGAUGGGUUCGAGUUCAGUGAUCUUCAUCUUCCAACCAUCAUUACUAACCAAGUCAGACGUUAACAAACUUUUAUGUUAGGAAAAGGAGGAAUGUUAUAAAUACAUAGAAAAUUGAAGUAAAAUGUUUUCAUUUUAGCAAGGAUUUAGGGUUCCAACUAAAACUCAGAAUCUUGAUUGAGUUAAGAAAAGUUUCUCUACCUUGGUUUAAUCAAUAUUUUCGUAAAAUCCUAUUGUUAUUACAAAGAGGAUACUUCAUAGGAAACAUCUUUUUCUUUAGUCAGGUUUUUAAUAUUCAGGGGGAAAUUGAAAGAUAUACAUUUUAGUCGAUUUUUCAAAAGGGGAAAAAGUCCAGGUCAGCAUAAGUCAUUUUGUGUAUUUCACUGAAGUUAAGGUUUUUACAAAUGUUCUUGGAAGGGGAAAAGGCACAAGCCAAUUUUUCCUAUGAUCAAAAAAUUCUUUCUUUCCUCUGAGUGAGAGUUAUCUGUAUCUGAGGCUAAAGUUUACUUUGCUUUAAGAAAUAAUUUGCCACAUCAUUGCAGAAGAGGUAUCCUCAUGUUGGGGUUUAUAGAAUAUGUCAGUUUGUCACUUGUCACUUAUUUAGCUUUAAAAUAAAAAUUAAUAGGCAAAGCAAUGGAAUAUUUGUAGUUUCACCUAAAGAGCAGCAUAAGGAAGCGGGAAUCCAAAGUGAAGUUGUUUGAUAUGGUCUAUUUCUUUUUUGGAAUUUCCUGACCGUUAAUUAAAGUAAAGAAUUGGAUUUGCAAGUUUGAAAACUGGAAAAGCAAGAGAUGGGAUGCCCUAAUAGUAAACAGCCCUUGUGUUGGAUGUAACCCAGUCCCAGAUUUGAGUGUGUGUUGAUUAUUUUUUUUUGUCUUCCACUUUUCUAUUAUGUGUAAAUCACUUUUAUUUCUGCAGGUAUUUUCCUCUCAGAUAGGAUGACAUUUUGUUUUGUAUUAUUUUGUCUUUCCUCAUGAAUGCACUGAUAAUAUUUUAAAUGCUCUAUUUUAAGAUCUCUUGAAUCUUUUUUUUUUUAAUUUGGGGGUUCUAUAAGGUCUUUAUUUCCCAUAAGUAAAUAUUGCCAUGGGAGGGGGGUGGAGGUGGGAAGGAAGGGGUGAAGUGCUAGUAUGCAAGUGGGCAGCAAUUAUUUUUGUGUUAAUCAGCAGUACAAUUUGAUCGUUGGCAUGGUUAAAAAUGGAAUAUAAGAUUAGCUGUUUUGUAUUUUGAUGACCAAUUACGCUGUAUUUUAACACGAUGUAUGUCUGUUUUUGUGGUGCUCUAGUGGUAAAUAAAUUAUUUCAAUGAUA